AUGUCUGCUAGUUCCCUCCUUUUCGUGGUGUUUCUAAUAUCCCUGUUUGUAUGGAUAUAUAGAUAUAUCUUUAAACAUGACUUAAUACAGAAUUAUACAAACAAAUUGCAUCUACCCAAGUCGAGAAUCAAUGAGUACAUAGUGUCCAACUUAAAUUACAGAUUUAAAACGCGAAUUAUUCCCUUGGAUGUAGACAUUGACGAUGAUGAUGAUAAUGAUCUUGGCGAUAAAAUAAGAAGCCAACAACAAGAAAUUAAUCAUAUUAAAGAACUAUUGGUGGGAUUUAGUUUUGCUAUAACUAUAACAUUAAGUAUAGGUCUUAUUGUAUUAAUGUUAUGUGAAUUGAUAGAUGUCAUGAAUGUAGACAUCAGACUAGGACUUUUCCAUUUUACCAUAGAUUCAUUAAUUAUUCUACUUACAGUAGUACAACCAUUUUUAAUAAUAAAUUUACUAGUAAAUCAUGAUAUAAUACCGUCAACUAAGAAGAAUUAUUACUCAAGUGGAUUCACUAUAGCAUUAUUUUUAUUAUGGUUUUUUGUAUUACAUAAAUGUGGAGAUUUGUCUCGAUCUUUCGUCCCACCAAGAUUAUCAAAUGAUGAAUCUUCUAAAUAUAUUGAUAGAUCAAUUCUUGAAAGAAAAAUUAAUGAAAUAUCAAUUGCUGGUAUAACUAUUUUAGCAAUUUUAUCUGGAAUUGGUUCUACGUCUACUCCAUAUAAAUUAUUUUCAAUGGAUAUAAUUCUUGAUAGACUUUUAAGUGUAACUGAAUCCGAUAUCAAUUCAGCGAUAGGAUAUUUCAAUAAUACAACUACUUUACUAAGAAAUAGAAAACAAGAUUUAAAUAAGUAUUUAGUAGCUAGUGGUGGUAGAACUUAUAAUGAAAUUGACAAUACCAUUCAUGAAAAUGGUAUACUAUCUCAUGAAGGAAAACCUAGAAGAUUAGGAAAUAUUGUUCAUAAAGUUCAAUCAUUUGCUAGUUUACCAUUUUCUUCAGGAAAUCUGGAAGAAAAUGAGUUGAAACGAGAAAUAGACUCUAUAACUUCUUUACGGAAUUCUUUAUAUAAUGAUAUCACCAAGUUAAUAUCAAAAUAUCUUGAACAAAAUGGUAAAAAGGAGACUUUUGAAAAUGAGAUUCUAAAUACCUUAUACAAAUGGGGAUACCUUGCACUUGGAAUAUAUUGUGUUUAUAGAAUUAUAAAUGUUUUAUUGAUCAGGUUACCAAGACAAUUAUUUUAUAGUACAGAUACUAAGUUAUAUCAAUUACAUUCAGAAACAAAUGUUAUACAAGAUGAUGAACAGAAACUUGAUCAAACUAUUCAAACUCCCAGUAAAGAUGCUUUAGCUACCACCUUAGCCAAAAUAAUUCUUUUAUUUUUCAGAGAUGCUUCAGUUUCAGAAACACAACUAGUUAAUCAAUUAAGUUUUGUGUUAUCAGGUGGUUUAUUCAUAUGUUCAUUCUCCAAUGUAUUUAAUACAUUCCGUUCAUUUACAAGAUUUUUCCCACUGGGGUCAUCCUCGCUGAUGGCAAAGAGUUGGUUAAAACAUAUAAUUAUCGCGCAAUUAUUAGGAAUUUACGUAAUUGCCACUGCAUUGUUAAUUAGAACAAAUUUACCGUCAAACCUUUCGAAUCAAAUUUCUAAAAUUCUUUCAUUAUCAGGAAGUUCCAUUAAAAGUGCAAGUGAUUCAAUUCAAGAAGUGGAGUUUAUAGAUAAAUGGUUCGAUAAAGUUUUUGGAUUCACCGUCGUCAUAACGUCUUGUCUGCUUGUGAUUCGAAAAUAUUUCGAUGAAUCAAAUCUUGACCCAUAUAGUCAAGAAGAAUACGACGAAGAGAAUCUAUUAGAGGGAUCAAGAUAAGUUACACAAAGCCAUGAAAUAUUACCGUAUAGAGAUAAUUAUAAUUAACCGCAGAAAUUUUUCCACAUGCGAUUAGCAACUGCUUUGAAAAAAAAAAGAUUCUGUGGGGUAACCCUAUCGUAAAGUAUAUAUAUAUAUAUAAUUAAGUAUUAGGUAAUUUUGAUAAUGAAAAGAAACUGGGUCU